AUGCUGCAACCGCGCGCCAUCACGUAUACAGAGAAAGGCGCGCCAGCUUCAGUCCUGCGCGUGAAGACACUACCAACACUAGCAGCGCCAACAACUGGGCAAAUCCGUGUUAAAUUCCUGCUCUCCCCAGCAAACCCGGCCGAUAUGAAUGUAGUGGAGGGGGUGUACCCAGCGCGUGCGCCAAGCGUAGAGGUAGACGGCACAGCGCACAGUCUGUGCGGCACGGAGGGAGUGGGGCGCGUAGAAGCGGUGGGCGAGGGAGUAAGGUCGCUGCGUCCGUCCGAUUGGGUGGUCAUGGGCCGCAGUCAGCUUGGGACGUGGCGGUCGAGUGCGCUGCUCGAUGCUGCGUCUGUCACCAAACUGCCGGCCUCGCCCGCACUGACGCCGGUGCACGCUGCCACGCUCGCUAUCAACCCGCCCACAGCCCUGCGGAUGCUGCGCGACUUCACCCGCCUCAGCCGCUCCAGCUGGGUCGUGCAGACCGGGGCUACUUCGGGCGUCGGCAGGGCUGUCAUACAGAUAGCACGCGCGAUGGGCGUCCACACUGUCAAUCUGGUCAGAGAGCGCCGCACACAGCAGCAGACUGACGCAGUUAAAGAGGAGCUCAAGGCGUUGGGCGCUACGCAUGUACUCACGAAUGAGGAGGUGGUGCGCGAUAGCAAGCGCGUACGCUCGCUCAUCGCCAACUGGACUCAGUCGGAUCUCCCUCUCUUCCUCAACUGCGUGGGCGGGCAGGAAACGACGGAGGUGGCCAAGACACUCAGCGAGGGCGCACAUCUCGUCACGUACGGCGCCAUGUCGAAGAAGCCGCUGUGCAUUCCCCCAGGUCUGCUCAUAUUCAAGGAUAUCAAGAGCGUCGGGUUCUGGAUGUCGAAAUGGUAUGCAAAGAGCUCGGCUGAGGAGCGCAGUGCGAUUGCGGGGGAAAUAAUCCAACUCAUUGAGAGUGGUAGCCUCACAGAACCUCCCCACCAGAUCGUCUCCAUCGGCGGCCACCAAACUGACCAGCAGGCCACGCAAACCCUCCGCGACGCCCUCGCUGCUCAAGCUAACGGCGGGAAGAAGAUACUGUUUGAGAUGGAGGAUAGCUAG